AAAUACUUUGGGUACAAUUAUGCUCUGUUUUGCUAGAAAAUCUAGCACCAGGAAAAGAAAUACUGAAUACUAGAUAAAAUACAAAUAGCUGUCAGCACAGUCCAUGCAUAUUUCUUGUAGUGAAAGGCAGACAUAUAAGAUAAGAUAUAUUUAAUGAAAGUAAAAAGUCUGUGUUUUACUGCUCACAGGUUUUGUGUAGAGCAACUAAUGGACAACCUGACAUUCACAAACAACAUUCUCCUUGUGGAGGGACUGAAAGUUACACCUCAGGCUUCGUAUUUAGUUUUUAUCUUGCUUUUCUUGUUUUAUGUCUUAGCAAUGGGAUGUAACAUUGGACUAAUAAUUUUAAUUGCAAUAGAGAAGAACCUUCAUCAUCCUAUGCAUUUUCUGUUCUGUAACCUGCCAGUGAAUGACAUAAUUGGGACUACUGUAAUUUUACCACGCUUAAUGCAGGACAUUUUUAAGCAGUCCUCAGAGCGCUAUAUAACAUAUGCAGAGUGUAUUAUUCAAGCAUAUUUUGUUCACAUAUUUGCAACAGCAAGCCACACUGCACUAGUAACCAUGGCCUAUGACAGACAAGUGGCAAUAUGCAAUCCAUUGCUAUACAUGACUAUAAUGACAAAUAAAAUGGUGGUUACAUUAUCAGCAUUAGCCUGGGCACUGCCUGUAAUUGCAGUGGCAAUUAUGAUAGGUCUCACUGUACGUUUGUCUCACUGCAGAUCUAAAAUUGAAAACCCUUUCUGUGACAAUGCUUCACUUUAUAAAUUGUCCUGUGAAAAUGUGGCCAUUAAUAAUAUGUUUGGAAUCGUUUAUUCUGUGGCAGGAUUCAGCAUAUCAGUGACACUAAUGCUUAUAACAUAUAUCAGGAUUGCUACUGUAUGUAUAAUUAGGAAAAACAAAGCACUCAACAGUAAAGCCAUAAAAACAUGUGGCAGUCACAUAACUGUUUAUUUAAUAAUGUUUGUUUCUUGUGCCAUCAUGAUUUUUUUUCAUCGUUUUCCUGAAUACUCUGAAAACAGGAAGCUAGCUAGUAUAAUGUUUCACAUUGUACCACCGGGACUAAAUCCUGUAGUAUAUGGUUUACAAACCACAGAGAUAAGACAAAGGAUUGUUAAACUGUGGCGGAAAAAAGUUAAUAUUUUGUGA